AUGAGCAACAGCAUGCGCGACUUGAUUUCGGGCGAGGCCGAGUUGGACGAUGAGGAAGAUGACGAAUCAUAUGACGAGGAGACUGGGGAGGAGCGGGUUAGACGAAAUGGGCCCCGCGUCGAUGACUCCAGUGAAGAAGAAGAAGACGACGAUGACGAAGAGGAAGCUCGCAAGGUACGCGAGGGCUUCAUUGUUGAUGAAGAAGAGGAGGAAGAAGAGGAAGAUGCCGACUCCGACGCAGAGCCACGCCCCGUCAAGAGAAAACGCGAACACCGGGAUCGCGAAGAGGAAGCGCGCCUUGAUGAAGAUGAUUUGGAGCUGAUUGGCGAACAAUUCGGAGAAAGAACCAAACCAGAAAGCAAGUCUAAAUUCAAGCGGCUCAAACGUGGGCAUCGCGACGAAGACGAAUCCCCCAAUGAACGACGUGGCCUGGACGAAAUCUUUUCCGACGAAGACGAAGAUGCCGCAGAGCAACGCCCUUACGGAAGGUCAAACCUGCGCGCUCAGGCCGACGAGUUUGACGACUUUAUCGAGGAAGACUUCCCCGAAGACGAAGACGAGCGAACGCGCCGAUUGGAAGAUUUGGAGGUUGCACGACCCAGAGACCGUGGCGUAGGCGCCGUUGUCGACACCACAGGGCUUGAUAAAGAUGCCUUGGAUGAUAUGGAGGCCAUCUUUGGCAAUGGUGAAGACUACGACUGGGCGCUGCAACUGGAAGAUGACGAAGAGGACCGUGAGCAGCAAGAACAAGGCAUCGAGCUCAAGGACGUUUUUGAGCCAUCACAACUUAAGGAGAAGCUUCUCACGGACGAAGAUAAUGAAAUUCGAUUUACAGACGAACCCGAACGAUUUCAAUUAGAGCGCAAGGCGUUUAAGAACCUCCAACUUACGGCGGACCAAUUCAAAGAGGAAGCCAAAUGGAUCACCAACCAGCUGUGGCCGAAGAAGGGCCUGGCCCAGGAGCUCCAGGCGCCAUUCGGCAAGGCUGUUGGCAAGGUUCUCGAAUUCUUUAUCGUGGACGAGGUCGAGGUUCCAUACGUCUUCCAGCAUCGCAAGGACUACCUGCUGCAUUCAAAGAAGAUUCGAAAAUCGACACGCGAUGAUCUGGAUGGUCCAGAUUAUACCAUUCAAUCAGAUAAGCUACUUAACCAAGACGAUCUGUGGAGGAUUCUGGAACUGGAUGUCAAGUUCAGAUCCUUUGUCGACAAGAGAAAUUCUCUUGAGAAGACGUAUGAGAACCUGAAGUCGCUUGACGUGGAAGACCAGAUGAUUGAAGAGAUGAUCCCCGAGGCUACAACCAUGGAAGAACUUCAAGACUUGCAGGACUACGUUCAGUUUCAAUACGGCGCGAAACUGAAGGACCUUGCUGUCAUGUCGGGCAACGUGUCCCAGGUCAAGAGACCAGGCUCCAAGUCUUCUCUGCUCGACCGCGUGCGCAACGGCAAAACGUAUUAUUUCGUCAAGGCGUACGGUAUCUCUGCUGAUCAGUUGGCGAAGAAUGCUCUACGACAAGGGAAGAAGAUCACACCAGAUGACGACUCCCAAUAUCCCAUGGAUCUUGCUGAUAGCUUGAUCGACGAUAACUUUAGCACGGGGGAUCAGGUAAUUUCCGCUGCUCGUCAAAUGUACUCGGAAGAACUGUUCGCAAGCCCUCGCAUGCGCAAGUACUUCCGCAGCUCGUACUACCAGGCAGCAGAGCUUAGCUGUCGGCGUACGGACAAGGGUCUGCGAAAGAUCGAUGAUUCUCAUCCGUACUACGAGAUUAAAUAUUUGCAGAAUCAGGCGAUUGCUGAUCUGGUGCAUCAACCAGAGCUCUUCCUCAAGAUGAUGCGAGCUGAAGAAGAGGGCCUAGUUGACAUCAAAGUGGAUAUGCCGCCAAGAUACGAUUUCCGCCGACAACUCUAUCAAGAAUUCGAGUCCGAGAACUUCAGUGAUCGGGCCGAGCAAUGGCGAGAGGAGCGCAAAAAGGUUCUCGACGUUGCGUACCCGAAACUGGAAAAAGUCAUUGUCAAGAACGUCAAAGAGGUUAUCCGUACUUUCUGCCAAGAUGAAGUUCUCAAGAUGUGCCGCCAAGAGUUUUACCGAAAGUUGGAUCAGGCUCCCUACAAGCCAAAGGGGAUGAUUCUCGGAACGACACCUAGAGUUUUGGCCCUGUCAAAUGGAAUGAGCGACCCAGCUCGCGAGCCAACGUGCUGGACGUGGGUGGAUGAAGAUGGUCGAGUCCUCGAGCAAGGCAAGUUUGGUAACCUGGCUCGAGAUGAAGCCCAGCGAGAGGAAUUUGCCGAGUUGGUCCGACGGCGCCGUCCAGAUGUCAUUGCCGUCAGCGGUUGGAGUGCUGAAACUAACAGACUGAUACGAGAUGUUGAGGCACUCGUAACCGACAAAGAUCUCCGAGGAGCCGAGUUCGAGGAUCCUGAAACCAAUGACUACAGAACGGAACCUCUGGAAGUAGUCAUUGUGGACGAUGAGGUUGCUCGCCUGUACAAGGACAGUCCCCGUGCGAUGGCCGAACACCCGGCCCUGAACCCAGUGACAAGAUACUGCGUUGGCUUGGCGCGGUACAUGCAGAACCCUAUGAAGGAGUAUGCCGCCCUUGGCAAGGACGUCUCAUCACUGUCAUUCCAUCCUUGCCAGCAUCUCUUGCCGCAGGAUAAGCUGAUGAAGUACCUUGACUCAGCCAUGGUUGAUACUGUCAACAUGGUCGGAGUGAAUAUUAAUGACGCCAUGACUAGCUCUUACACUGCCAACCUGUUGCCUUAUAUUGCUGGUUUGGGUCCUCGAAAGGCCACCAGUGUCAUCAAGGCAAUAAAUGCCAACGGCGGAUCAGUAAACACUCGAGAUGAACUCGUCGGUGAUCCUGACAGCGGCAAGUUGCCCGUUGUCGGACCUCGCGUUUGGAACAACUGUGCCAGUUUCCUCUACAUCGACUAUGAUGCCACCAACCCAUCAUCUGACCCCCUCGACAACACACGAGUCCACCCUGAAGACUAUGAACUUGGUCGCAAGAUGGCUGCUGAUGCAUUGGAGCUGGAUGAAGAAGACGUCAAGGCCGAAACGGACGAAAACGGACCUGGAGCAAUUGUGCGGAAACUCUUCAAGCAAGACGAGCAAGAGCGAGUCAACGAACUUGUCCUUGACGAGUACGCUGAUCAGUUAUUGACCAACUUUAAUCAGCGGAAGCGUGCGACACUGGAGGCCAUCAGCGCAGAACUCCAAGCCCCUUACGAAGAAUUGCGAAGAAGCUUUGCGCCACUGAACCAGUCCGAGGUCUUUACGAUGUUUACCGGCGAGACCAAGUCGUCACUAUGCGAAGGCAUGAUUGUGCCUGUCAAUGUUCGCAUGGUCCGAGACGACUUUGCCAUUGUCAAGCUUGACUGUGGUAUUGAAGGUAGGGUUGAGGCGCACGAAGUCACAAAUCGCGCCUCGGUCAAGGAGGUCUUGAGCACUGGCCAGACUGCACAGGCCAAGAUUCUGGAGCUGAAUUACAAAGAUUUCAUGGCAAAGCUAUCCAUGCGGGAGGAUGCACUGCGGGUGCCUUUCAAACGGCCAUUAAACUACGGGCGUGACGGGUGGGACUACAACCUUGAAUCAUCAGAUAAGGAGGAGCUUCGUGAGAAAGACCACAGCACGGGAAGGACGCAACGAGUUGUCAAGCACCCCAACUUCAAGCCCUUCAACUCGAUACAGGCGGAGGAGUAUCUUGGCUCACAGCCGUCGGGUGAGGUGAUUAUUCGCCCCUCAUCCAAGGGCAACGACCAUUUGGCCAUUACGUGGAAAGUCGCCGACAAUGUGUACCAGCACAUCGACGUGUUGGAGAUGCAAAAGGACACAGAGUUCUCUGUUGGCAAACUUUUGCGAAUUGGUGGCAAGUACACAUACAGUGAUCUUGAUGAGUUGAUUGUGGAUCACGUCAAGGCAAUGGCACGAAAGGUUGAGGAGCUCAUGCGUCAUGACAAGUAUCAGAGCAGGUCAAGAUCCGAGACGGAGAAAUGGCUAACCACAUACAUUGAUGCCAAUCCCAACCGAUCCGCAUAUGCCUUCUGCAUUGAUCCGAAGCAUCCUGGGUAUUUCUGGCUCUGCUUCAAGGCUAGCAGAACGGCUAGGGUUAUUGGCCUCCCUGUUCGUGCUAUUCCGCAAGGUUACGAAUUGAAGGGAUACCAGUAUCCUGACAUGCGUGCGUUGUGCAACGGCUUCAAGCUACGAUACCAGAACGAGUUUUCGAAGAUGGGAAACCGGUAA